AUGUCAGGAACAUUUCAGUUCUCGCUGCUUUUUCUGCUAGCAGGAAUAGUUGUGGGGGAUGCUGCAUCUAAGAACGUCGCCGACGGGCCGCACAGCUGCGGCGGCGUUGAAGUCCCCUACCCAUUCGGCGUCGUCGACGACAACGGCAACGGCGACUUCCGCGAUGGCGAGGUGGGGUUCAGUGUCGCGUGUAAGGCCGGCAAGAUGGAUUUUUUCGGCAGCGCAAUUGGUAACUUCUCCAUCAAGACGGCGGAGGUUACCGUAUGGCUGCCUGUGAGGUGGCAGUGCUACGACUCUUCUGGCCAGCCAAACGGGUCGCUCGACCUCUCGAACGGCCUGGCGUUCAACAACAAGCGCGUGUAUCGCCUCUCCAGCACCGGGAAUUCCUUCUUUGUACUCGGCUGCAACACCCUGGGAUUCCUCUGGAGCGACCUGGUGGGCGACGCCAACGUCUACAACAAGCUCAUCGGCUGCACGGACUAUUGCAGAGACCAGCAGAGCGUGGUGGACGGCGUCUGCCAUGGCGUAGGCUGCUGCGAGGCCUACAUCCCGCCGGGCCUCAUUGACAACACGCUAUACUUUAUGCACAUCUUCGGCGGGUUUAACGACUCCAUCAGCUUCAGCCCCUGCGAUUAUGCGUUUGUGGCGCAGAAGGGCUACUACACCUUCCAAACCGCCGACCUCAACAUGAACCUGCACCAGACCAAGCGGCUCAUGCCGGUGAGGCUCGAUUGGGCCAUCCGCGACAGCGCCACGUGUGAGGAGGCGAAGAACAAUGUAGCGUACGCCUGCAAAAGCUCCAACAGCAUCUGCCUCAACUCCACCAAUGGACCUGGAUACAUCUGCAACUGCAGCAGCGGCUACCAGGGCAAUCCCUAUAUUGAAAAUGGUUGUGCCGAUAUCAAUGAGUGUGACGACCCUCAUGCUUGCCGGGGAAUCUGCGACAACACGCAAGGUUCCUACAAUUGUAGAUGCAGCAAGGGCACACACAGUGUUGAUCCGUUCACAGCGCCGUGCGUGCCAAAUUUGACACGGAAACAGAAGAUCGCCAUAGGUAUGCACUUCAGUGUUUUCAUCAUAAUAGUUAUCGCAUUCUUCUGGAUUCUUGCCAAGGAGAAAAGAAAGAUGAAAGAACUAUUUCAAAGGAAUGGCGGACCAACACUGGAAAAGCUUAAUAAUAUAAAGCUAUUCACAAAGGAAGAUAUCAAGAAAAUUCAGAAAACUAGCACAUAUAUUGGAAAAGGGGCCUUCGGUAGUGUUUACAGUGGGCGCAUCCAGGAUAGUAAUCAGGCAGUUGCAGUGAAGGAGCCCAUCAAUGGUACUUCGGCGGACAAGGGCCAGUUUGUGAACGAGAUUAUCAUUCAGUCUCAAGUUAUCCACAGGAACAUUGUCAAGCUCGUAGGCUGUUGCUUAGAAGUUGAUAUUCCAAUCUUGGUCUAUGAGUUUAUUCCCAAUGGUAGCCUGGAUGAUGUUCUCCAUGGCGCCAGGAAGAUGCCUCUCAGUAUGGGUCUCCGUCUAAAAAUUGCUGCAGAAUCAGCGGAAGGUCUAGCUUAUAUGCAUUCGAAAGCAAAUACCACAAUCCUUCAUGGUGAUGUUAAACCAGCCAAUAUACUUUUAACUGAUGAUUUUGCACCGAAGAUCUCAGAUUUUGGUAUAUCAAGGUUAAUUGCCACAGAUCUGCAACAAACUGCACAUGUUAUUGGUGACAUGAGUUAUAUGGAUCCCGUAUAUUUUCAAACAGGACUGCUGACCAAAAAGAGUGAUGUUUACAGUUUUGGAAUCAUGCUAUUGGAGCUUAUUACAAGGAAUAAGGCCACACAUUCUGACAACAACAGUUUACUCAGGAAUUUUCUUGAUACUUAUACAACGCACAAAUCUGUGACUGAGCUCGUAGACAAAGAACUUGCAGAGUUAGAUGAUCCUGAGCUUAUUGAUAGUUUGGCAGUGAUGAUUAACCAAUGUGUAAAUCUCGAUGUCAAUCAGAGGCCUGAGAUGACAGAUGUAGAAGAGCGUCUUCACGAAAUGUUGCGGAGGUAUGAUAGUAAAUAA